CCCUAAAAGACCAUAAACCAUGGCCCAAAAGUUCAUCCUCUUCAUUGCCAUUACCUUUUUCCCAGCUAUUGUUCUUGCUACUAAUUAUAUUGUUGGGGAUGAGAUGGGGUGGACCGUAGGUGUUAGCUAUGAGGAUUGGGCUGAAGGCAAAACAUUCUUUGUUGGGGAUACUAUAACAUUCAACUAUCACCAAGGACAGCACAAUGUUGUGAAGGUUGAUGGAAAGGGCUUCCAAAGUUGCCAAGAGGAGCCAAACAAUGGGAUUUUGACCACAGGAGCUGACGCAAUUACCUUGGCUACCCCCGGGAACAAAUGGUACAUAUGCUCAUUUGGGUAUCACUGUGAAAGUGGCCAAAAACUGAAGAUCACUGUCUAUGAUUCAAUGGCUCCAAUCCCAACCCCAACCCCACCACCAGCUCCAAUGCCAUGGCCAAUACCAGAGCCAGCACCAUCUCCAUGGUACUAG